GAGAACAUUGGUACCGUAUUGUUUGAGAGAGGUGAUUGCAUGAAACGUUGUUGGACAAACGAAGAAUUUACUAUUUUGAAUAGUCGACGUAUGUUUCAAGAUAUUUUACCUAAGGUGAAUAUCAUUGAUUAUCAGAACGAUCAGUACAUAGCUUUGUUAAUGGAUUAUUUUCAUAUUUGUUUCGAGUCCGUACGUAAGCUUUCAAUAGGAAAAUCGAAACACUUGAUGUUGAAAGCUCUGGCCGAUGUAAUGGGUGGUUAUUUGCGAGCUUAUAUAUUACCACUUACCAAACAAUCGUAUUAUGCAGGAAAUAUCAAGUACCAUAACGCAAGAAAACUUUUUGAGCUUUACGACGAAUUAAAAGAUUUUCUUCAUACGAAUGGUUUUGGUUGGUCAAAACCUCGUCCUGAAAUUAAACCUACGAAAAUGUCGCUAAUUAUAACGACACCAUCGGAAUCUUCCGUAGCUUGUAAUGGAUUAAUUACUUUUCCUAUUCGUGGCGUUAACAAUAAUCGUCAUUUACAAAAAAGACACGCUCGUAGAAAGAUAAAACGAUUUGUUUCUCGAAUUAGAUUGAGAAGAUUUUUACAUGCAGGAUACAACGAUGUUUCCAAUAUCGAUGAAUCAGCGAUCGUUCCAAUUCCUUUUUUGGAUGACGAAACUGAACCGAACAGUAUCGCAGUACCAUUCAAAUCGAACAGUCUUCAGUCUUUAUAUUCUGCGCGAUCGGCAUUCGUUCUCGUCAAAUAUUACAUGGCUAGCGUGAAGUGUAUUGUAUCGAGGUCAAAAACAAAAGCUGCGUUGGAUCAUUUUAAUAGUAACUUCUUCUCUUGGCUGCAGCAAUCAGUAAAAGAACGUUUGAACGAUGAAAAAUGGUAUCCAGCAUUUGGCGGAGUUUCUAGAAUCAUAUUCACUCUGGAAAAAACAGAUAGUGAAGCUAUAAUGUUUGGAACUACCGAAUUGAUUAUAAUCGCAGUAGUGAGCGCGUUAUUGGUUUGGUUGUUGGUUGGUUUGAGUUUAGUUUGCUACAGAUAUCUCAGUAGACACUCGGAGGAAUGUUCGCCGUGUGAAUCACCGAACACACCUGUCGCAGUGUUAUACAAAAAUACAGAUUAUUCUAAGGGUGAAAGGCGCACCUCGAAAACGAUCGUCCCGAAGGGACCGAUAGAAAAGCUAAAGGAAUGGUACAAAAACAAGUUCGGACGAUGUCCUGGAGGCUGUCAGGAUCGAUACGACGAGGAACGUUGUUUAGCUGCUAUUAGUUACAGCAGUAAAGACACAAUACCUGGAAGCAGAGUUUGCCAGAGGAAAAAGUACGUGAAAUCAACUUCAGCAUCCCCUUCGAGUUCUCCGGUAGAACGAACAAUAUUCAGGCAAAGUGUUUGCUACAGUUCCGAUGCUUCGAGCACAGUAUCCGAGGAUCCAGGAAAACGAAGAAGAUAA